AUGCCGCUAGACACCUCGACGACAUACCCUCUGACGCGGCUUCGUCUUGAUGGCCGUCGCUGGAAUGAACUCCGCCUGCUCCAAGCUCAGAUCUCAACCAACCCCGCCAGCUCGGGCUCCUCAUACUUGUCCAUGGGCAACACAUCAAUCAUGUGCUCUGUCCACGGCCCUGCCGAGGGUCGCCGAGGAGAUAGUGGUGCUGCAGGAAGUGGCCAUGCAGUUGUGGAGGUGGAUGUCAACGUCGCUGGGUUUGCCGGCGUAGAUCGCAAGCGGAGAGCCGGUGGAAGUGAUAGACAAUCAACGCGAAUCGGUACAAUCAUCCGCUCAACCUUCCAGUCUCACCUCCACACCUACCUCUAUCCCCACAGCACAAUCAGCAUUCAUAUCUCCGUUCUAUCUGCCGAUGGAUCACUGCUCGCCGCGGCGAUCAAUGCCUGUACCCUAGCGCUCGUGGACGCCGGAAUCCCUAUGCCAGGACUACUCUGUGGCUGUACUGCAGGAAUGAGUGGUAGCGCCUCUACACCGCGUGACCCGCGACACGACGAGCUUGACCCACUGCUGGACCUAUCUCUUCCAGAAGAACAGGAACUGCCUUCGCUCACUGUUGCGACGACGACAGCGGUGCCCGUUGGCGAGAACAAUAUGGAUGACGAUGAAGAGGCAAUGAAGGUGUGUGUGCUUACUAUGGAGUCUAAGGUGCAUGCUACGUACCUUGAGACAAUGUUGGCGGUCGGGAUCGAUGGGUGCAGUCAGAUCCGCGAGUUGUUGGAAGGUGUCAUCAAAGGAUCUCGGGGGUGA